AUGACUGUCACAUUUAUCGAAACUGAUGGGGGUAAGCUCGCCGUCGAUAUUUCCGGUGAAGGACCCCUUGUCAUUUGCUCACCAGCUAUGGGUGACUUUCGAGAUGCAUACGACCCCCUGGCCACUGAACUCCGUAAAGCCGGAUACCGAGUAGCCAUGGUUGAUCUUCGUGGUCACGGCGAUAGUUCAACAACCUUCAACCGCUACGGCGACGAAGCUACAGCAAGUGAUCUUAUCACCCUUAUUGACGCUUAUGGCGGUGGUCCUGCUGUAUUGGUCGGUGCUUCAUUAUCUGGUGCCGCCGCCACUAUUGCAGCCGGAACCCAACCUCAUAAAGUCGCCGGUCUUAUCCUCAUCGGCGCAUUUCUUCGUCCAGGUACUGGAAAGCUUGUCGCAAGCCUCUUCCGUCUUUCUAUGAACCAGCCUACCGGACCUAUAAUCUGGAAGUCCUACGCUCCCAAGCUUUGGCCUGGUCUUGGUGACAAGACACAAGAGCGAGUUGACCGAUCUAUCAAGAUGCUCACCGGCCCUGGACGCUGGAAGGCAUUCCACGCUACUUUGUCAACAGACCAUGCUGUCGUUGAGCCAUUCUUGAGUAAAGCCAAGGCUCCCGUGCUUGCUGUCUACGGCGAUGCCGAUCCUGACUGGAGCGAUCCUGCUGAGGAAGCUCGUUGGGUUGCUUCGAACUUCAAGGAUAGCGAAGUUGUUAUGGUCAAGGGUGCUGGACAUGCACCUCAACUAGAGAAGCCGGCGGAGGUUACACCAGCUGUUUUGAGAUUCUUGAACCGAAUCCAGAGCGAGGGGGCCUUCAAUCGCAGUUUUUAG